AAAGUUAGGAGGCGAGGACUGGGCGGAGGGGCCGCCGGGUGCCCGGCUGGGGCCAGCGGGGGGAGGGGAGGGGCAGGGGGAGGGGGUGGGGGGCGGGAGCAGAGGACAGCGGAGCGGGCCGGACAUUGACAGCUCCAUCGCUCCCUCCCUCGGUUCCUGCCCGAGUCCCCACUUUCCUCCUCCCAUCGCUCGGAGCAGCAUCUUCUUCAGACCCUUGAUCCUCACUCCUGGGGUCGUCCUGCUCCCUCGGCUCCGUAUAAUUGCCUCCUCUCACCCACCAACCCAGGAACUUUCUCCGCCCGCACCCGGGAGUGGGGGUUGCUUUGCCCGGGCGGGUUUCUCCAGGGGUUCACUGGGUUGGGGGGCUGUCUCUAAGGGCUUCAGGUCCCGGAAAGACGCCUACCACCCUUAGCCUGCUUCCAGGUGGGCUGCCGUCGGGUCUCGGCACCCUCUCUUCCCGUCUCCCCUAACCAUGACCGAAAUGAGCGAGAAGGAGAACGAACCGGAUGACGCGGCCACCCACACCCCCCCGGGGACCGUCUCUGCCCUCCAAGAAACCAAGCCCAAGGACCAUCUCAUUCCAUCACCUCUGGAUCUGAGCCAUGGGGAUCUGAGGAGCAGGGAAGGAAGGGAGUGUGCACGUGGCCUGGUCCCUCUGUACCAGCUCCAGCGGUUCAAGCGCUCUCUUUCUCUCAAGACCAUCCUCCGAAGUAAGAGCGUUGAGAACUUCUUAUUUCGCUCCGGCUCUGAGCUUAAGUGCCCCACCGAGGUGCUGCUGACGCCCCCGACCCCGCUGCCCCCUCCUACCCCACCACCAGCCUCCGCAGACCGGGGCCUGCCCACCCCCGCCCCAUCCCCCUGCCCAGUCCCACGCCCCCUGGCGACACUCAGACCAGUGAGACUGCACAGCUUCCAGGAACAUGUCUUCAAGCGAGCCAGCCCCUGUGAGCUGUGCCGCCAGCUCAUUGUGGGAAACUCCAAGCAGGGUUUGCGGUGUAAGACAUGCAAAGUCAGCGUCCACCUCUGGUGCUCCGAGGAGAUCUCCCGCCAGAAAUGCCCAGGCAAGACGUCCUCCUCCUUCCGCCGCAACUUCAGCUCCCCACUCCUGGUACAUGAGCCUCCACCAGCCUGUGCCAUGAGCAAGGAGUCCCCACCCACUGGGGCCAGUGGGAAGGUAGACCCCGUGUAUGAGACCCUGCGCUAUGGCACCUCCCUGGCCCUGAUGAACCGCUCCAGCUUCAGCAGCACCUCUGAGUCCCCCACAAGGAGCCUGAGCGAGCGGGAUGAGCUCACCGAGGAUGGGGAGGGCAGCAUCCGCAGCUCAGAGGAGGGCCCUGGCGACAGCGUAUUCACAGCCCCAGCCGAGAGCGAAGGGUCAGGACCAGAGGAGAAGAGCCCAGGACAACAGCCCCCCAGGCCUCCCCUCCGGAAGGAUGUGGGGCCCAUGUACUCCUACGUGGCGCUCUACAAGUUUCUGCCCCAGGAAAACAACGACCUGGCUUUGCAGCCUGGAGACCGGAUCAUGCUGGUGGAUGACUCUAACGAGGACUGGUGGAAGGGCAAGAUUGGUGACCGGGUUGGCUUCUUCCCAGCCAAUUUUGUGCAGCGGGUGAGGCCGGGCGAGAAUGUUUGGCGCUGCUGCCAACCCUUCUCCGGGAACAAGGAACAAGGCUACAUGAGCCUCAAGGAGAACCAGAUCUGUGUGGGCGUGGCCAGGAGCAAAGAUGCUGACGGCUUCAUCCGCGUCAGCAGUGGCAAGAAGCGGGGCCUGGUUCCAGCCGAUGCCCUGACCGAGAUCUGAGAGGAGCCAAGAGAACCCAGAAGCCACCCCUGCCCGUGCCCAGCCCUCCUCGCUUCUGGCCCCCCGGGGGGGAGGUUCCCUCUGCUCCUCUCCUAGGGGCCACUCACCAUGGCUUGGGAGCCUUCUGUACUGAGAAAGGUGUUAUUUCUGGGGUCCUGGGGUGCCCUGAAGAGGUUGCAGCUCUGAGACUUGGGGGUGGGGAGGAGGAGAAAGUGGGAGGGAAUAGCAAAACUCCAGGUGGGUCCCCCCGGUCCAGUUGCCAUGCAGAGUCCAGCCCUGAGAGGAAGUUCCUGAGGAACGUCGGGGCUGCCUCUUCCAGAGAGUCUGCCCCUGCCUACCGCACCUUUGCAUGCCUGACACCCCCCCCUCCUCACAGAGCCUCUGCUUGGGCCCUUGUGUGUGUGACCCUGCAGCUGCCACUUUGGGAGUGGGGCCCUCCCGGGUCCCUCAGCCCCAGCUCUGGGUGGGGAGGGGGCUCAGGGCUGCCAGAGGACCCUGGUCUCAUCACCUCUGUCACUCCAUCAACUCUCAGGAAAGUCCUGCAGCUCUCUCUCCUGUUACUUGAAACUUGGGUGGACAGAGGAGGGGAGGGCUGAGGUCUCAGGAGGAUGUGGCAAAUCAGAGGCUGUCCCCUCGAGUAGGACAGUCCCCACGGAGCAACCGCACUCUACCCUUGUUCACUAGGAGAGGACACACCCAAGAGCGGCCUGCACACAGAAUCCCACCUGGCCCACACCUGAUCAAAACAAUCCCCAUUUCAUUGUCAGGAAUCUGAACGCUCAGUUCCUGUCCCAGGCCUUACCAGGCCUGCCCCAGGAACCCCACCCUCAGGACUGACCCUGCAAUAGCCCUCCCUUACCCCCUCUCUUGGGGCUCUGUGGGGGACAGGGCUGCCGUUGCAGGGGGCCCUUUUUCUGGCUGCAUCUGGUCCCUUUUCCAGGACACAGAGCCCUGGGAGGAAGCGGGAGUGGGAGACAGACAAUGAAUUCUGUUUGACCACCAGAAAGGGAAGGGGGUAGGCACGUUAGGGGAGGGGGUGUGUGGGGACAUGCAAAGAGGACCCCUCCCUUGCAGGUUGCUUUUCUCUGGUGCCAACCUCCCUUCCCGCCCCCCACCUCCAAGCUCAGAGCCGCCUCUUGUGCCCUUGAUCGUGCCAGCCAAUGCCACCCCCAUCCUGGGCACAGUCACACCCUCCCAUGUGGUGGGAGGGACACAUCCUCCUACCCACUGGCCCCUGCCCUACCUCUCCCUCUAAGAGGGGGGAGGAACUCAAGCCACACUGCCCUGUUUGCUGCCAUGAGGCCCCCCCCAGCAAUAUCCCAGGGGCGGGCCCAAUGCCCACUGUACAUGAGGCUGCAUGAGGAGUCUGCUGGGGCAUUGCUGAGCCCCCAGACCCCUAAUUAAAUGUUUCUUGUCCCAA